AUGGCUGCUGUUUCCCCUGCUGCCGCUAGGGCCGAGCCAGGCCAAUGGAAGAAGAACCUCUCAGCCCACGUCAUUUGCCCCGAGUGCAAAGAGGUUCCCCCGAAUCUGGAGUUCCCUGGCUCUCACGAAACUGUUUGCGGCUCAUGUGGUCUGGUUCUCGCUGAUCGGGAGAUUGACAUGCACUCAGAAUGGCGUACAUUCUCCAAUGACGAUCAGAACAACGACGACCCUUCUCGUGUUGGAGAUGCCAUGAACCCGCUUCUCAACGGUGAUCAACUAGAGACCCAGAUUGCUAGUGGUGGGUCGGGCCGCGUUCGCGACCUUUACCGUGCUCAGAACAAACAAUCGAGUGAAAAGGCAAACAAGGCUCUUCUGGCAGCCUACAAGGAAAUUGGUGCUCUUUGCGAUGGUUUUAACAUUCAGAAGAACGUGGCAGACACAGCGAAGUAUCUCUUCAAGAUUGUGGACGAUGCCAAGGCAUUCAAGGGAAAGUCCCAGGAUGUGAUCAUUGCAGGCUGUAUAUUUAUCGCCUGUCGCCAGUGCAAGGUGCCACGUACCUUCACUGAGAUCUUCGCGGUGACCAAGGUCACAAGGAAGGAAAUUGGGCGUAUCUACAAAGCUCUGGAGAAGUUUUUCACUGCACAGAACCUCGAGCGGAUCAAUGCCGUGGUCUCCAGCGGAGGUGUCCCUGAUCCCAACGACACAUACACCGCCACUACUUCCACCAAGCCUAGUGACCUUUGCAACCGUUUCUGUAACCUUCUGGAUCUGCCCUUCCAGGUUACCAGCGUCUCCUCUGCUUUAUCCGAUCGCGUGACAACGAUGGGAGAUUUGGCCGGACGUUCUCCCCUGUCCAUCGUGGCAGCCUGCAUCUACAUGGCAUCGUACCUGAUGGGACACGGCAAGAGCGCCAAGGAGAUAUCCCAGGUGGCCCAUGUCAGCGAUGGUACGAUCCGCGGUGCUUACAAGCAGCUAUAUGCUGAAAGAGAGCGCCUCAUCGAUCCCGAGUGGAUCAAAGAUGGGAAGGGUGACCUGAAGAACCUACCUAACAGUUAA